AUGGAGUGCAGAAAAUUAGAAAUAAUCCUUGUUUCAGCCGACGAUCUUCCAAACAUCCGGAGCUUUGGGAAGAUGAAAGUGUAUGCGGAGAUUUCCCUCAACGGGAAAUCCGAAACCAGCAAGAGAACCACCGUGGACCUGGCCGGAGAGACAAACCCUAAAUGGAACUUCCCCCUGGAUUACACGGUGAAUGAGGCGUCGCUGCGGACACCGGGGCUGGAGCUGGUGGUGAAGCUCUUCUGUCAGAGGACUCUGGGAGACAGGUACAUUGGUGAAGUCAAAAUAUCUGUCAAGAGUCUUUUCGACUCCGGACCUAGGGUUGAAAAUGCCUUGACCUACGCUGUGGGCACCGGAGAUGGGAAGCUUAACAUUUUGUACAGUUUUGGAAACACGUUUAUGGUGCCGGAGCCCUCCUUUUGGAAGAAGGCGCUUGAGGUCGGGCUCGUAGUCAUGGUACGAGGGACGUGGUUCCUUUUGACCGGAGACAUCGGCGAUUUCUCAUGA